UGCCUCGGCAUUAGGCAUUCUCCUCGUGUUUCACAUAAAUGCAUCCUGUUCUCAGGAGCAGACGAGCAGUGCGUUUGCACUGGCUCAUUCAAAUUGAAUGUUGGUAAAAGGAGAGUUCUGAGCAAACAGAACAGUUUGGCAUCUUUGAAGGCAGGAGCAAGGUUAAGCUGUCGGCUGCAUUCUCUGCUAUUUAUUGGACAUUUGUUUGCUGGCCAUGAUGCAUGCUUAAGGUACGUUUCAAAGAGGCACCUAUCGGGUGGCUGAUGCCCGCAUGGCACAGACCCCCCCAAGUGGUUUUGCUCAGGAGCUUUUGGGCAAUAAAGUUCAAAGCUUCAUGUGUUAUCUCCAAGCCUACUGUGGAUAAUGUUUUGCUGAAAGCGAAAGCUCCUCUGGAGAGGCAGUUUGUAUUGUAUUUUUUUUCUUCUUGUUGUUGUUCUUUUUCAAUGCUGCAGCUUUAACUUUGUCACAACAAGGGUAAGGAGAGGGAGCCUGGAGAGAGCGUUUUGCAACAUGCUUUUUCAAUUAGUUUGAAUGGGAAUGUAGCGUCGCCAGCGGCAGUUGCUCCCCUGUUUUCUGGUCAUGUGCUCUGAGGAAUAAAGACACUGUAGGGCAGUGAACCUGAACUUGGCCCAUUCAUCCAUACUGCAUUGAGUGAUUGCAUGGAGUGGAGUCAAAUGCCACUUGGGGGUGAAGAGCACACAUCGUCUUGUACUCCUGCUGGAUAUAUUAGAAAGGAGGACCCUUGACAGAAUCCAGUAAUUAAAAGCCACAGGAUGAAGUCUUCAGGCUGGCCACCUCCCUCAGGAACCUGGGGUUUGAACCAGGUGCCACCGUAUGGAUGGGAGAUGAUGACAAACAGAGACGGGCGAGACUACUUCAUCAAUCACAUGACACAAGCAAUUCCAUUCGAUGACCCUCGGUUAGAGAGCUGCCAAAUCAUCCCUCCAGCUCCUCGGAAGGUGGAAAUGAGGAGGGACCCUGUGCUGGGAUUUGGCUUUGUGGCAGGGAGUGAAAAGCCAGUGGUCGUCCGCUCAGUAACACCAGGUGGCCCCUCGGAAGGCAAACUGAUCCCGGGAGAUCAGAUCGUAAUGAUUAAUGAUGAGCCGGUCAGUGCAGCACCCAGGGAGCGGGUCAUCGACCUGGUCAGAAGCUGCAAAGAAUCGAUACUCCUCACUGUCAUUCAGCCUUAUCCUUCUCCUAAAUCAGCAUUUAUUAGUGCUGCGAAAAAGGCAAGAUUAAAGUCCAACCCAGUCAAAGUGCGCUUUUCUGAGGAGGUCAUCAUCAAUGGCCAAGUAUCGGAAACAGUUAAAGACAAUUCACUUCUUUUUAUGCCAAAUGUUUUGAAAGUCUAUCUGGAAAAUGGGCAGACCAAAUCCUUUCGCUUUGACUGCAGCACCUCCAUAAAGGAUGUCAUCUUAACUCUUCAAGAGAAGCUCUCCAUCAAAGGCAUCGAGCACUUCUCCCUCAUGCUGGAGCAGAGGACAGAAGGGGCUGGGACCAAGUUGCUCUUGCUGCAUGAACAGGAGACGCUAACUCAGGUGACACAGAGGCCCAGCUCCCAUAAGAUGAGGUGUCUUUUCCGAAUUAGCUUUGUCCCAAAGGAUCCAAUCGACCUGUUAAGGAGAGAUCCAGUUGCUUUUGAGUAUCUAUAUGUUCAGAGUUGUAACGAUGUCGUCCAGGAGCGCUUCGGGCCAGAGCUGAAAUAUGACAUCGCCUUGCGGCUGGCCGCCUUACAGAUGUACAUCGCCACUGUCACCACCAAGCAGACACAGAAAAUCUCCCUCAAGUACAUCGAGAAAGAAUGGGGUUUAGAGACUUUCCUUCCCUCUGCUGUGCUGCAAAGCAUGAAGGAGAAGAACAUCAAGAAAGCACUUUCACACCUUGUCAAAGCAAAUCAAAACUUGGUACCACCGGGUAAAAAGCUCUCUGCACUUCAGGCCAAGGUCCACUAUCUCAAGUUCCUCAGCGACCUGCGACUCUAUGGGGGCCGUGUGUUCAAGGCAACGUUAGUGCAGGCAGAAAAACGCUCAGAAGUGACUCUUCUAGUUGGGCCCCGGUAUGGCAUAAGCCAUGUCAUAAACACCAAAACCAACCUGGUGGCUCUUUUAGCUGACUUCAGCCAUGUCAACAGGAUCGAAAUGUUUACUGAAGAGGAGAAUUUGGUGAGGGUGGAACUCCACGUACUAGAUGUGAAGCCCAUCACACUUCUGAUGGAAUCAUCUGAUGCCAUGAACCUAGCCUGCCUAACUGCUGGGUACUACAGGCUUCUUGUCGAUUCCAGGAGGUCUAUAUUUAACAUGGCCAACAAGAAAAAUGCAGGCACCCAGGACACAGGAACUGAAAAUAAAGGAAAGAAUAACCUCCUUGGCCCAGAGUGGAACUGCAUGCCCCAGAUGACCACUUUCAUUGGCGAGGGGGAGCAGGAAGCCCAGAUAACGUACAUAGAUUCAAAACAGAAGACAGUGGAGAUUCCAGAAAGCACCAUGUGUCCAAAAGAGCACCGGCACUUGUAUAUGGACACUACCUAUAAUUCUGAUGGGCUGAACCAGCAGCUGACCCAACCUGGGAAUGCCCCCUGUGAGGCAGACUAUAGAAGUCUAGCCCAGCGGUCCCUAUUGACCCUCUCAGGACCAGAAACUCUGAAGAAAGCACAGGAAUCUCCACGAGGAGCUAAAGUGUCCUUUAUUUUUGGAGAUCUUGCCUUGGAUGAUGGUAUGAGUCCCCCCACUCUGGGCUAUGAAAGACUGUUAGAUGAGAGUCCAGAAGUGCUUGCAAAGCAAAGGAACCUAUAUAUCAGCAGUGCCAAUGACAUGAAGAACCUGGAUCUCGCUCCCGACACUGAGAAUAUCCAGUUUGUUGCAAAUUCUGUUUACGCCAACAUAGGUGAUGUGAAGAACUUUGAGGCCCCUGAGGGGAUAGAGGAGCCUCUCUUACAUGACAUCUGUUAUGCAGAAAACACCGACGACGCAGAGGACGAGGAUGAGGUGAGCUGUGAGGAGGACCUCGUAGUGAGUGAAAUGAACCAGCCAGCCAUCCUCGACCUGUCAGGGUCAAGUGACGACAUCAUUGACCUGACAUCCCUGCCCCCUCCAGAAGGUGAUGACAAUGAGGAUGACUUCCUGCUACGGUCCUUGAACAUGGCCAUCGCUGCCCCACCACCUGGCUUUAGGGACAGUUCAGAUGAGGAGGACACUCAGAGCCAGGCAGCUUCCUUCCAUGAGGAUAAGGAACAAGGUGGCAACCCGCAAAGCGAUGAGAUCCCCGUGUCCCUCAUUGAUGCUGUGCCCACCAGUGCAGAAGGCAAGUGUGAGAAGGGGCUAGACAACGCUGUCGUCUCCACGCUGGAAGCUUUAGAAGCUCUGUCCGUGUCAGAAGAGCAACAGACCAGUGACAAUUCAGGUGUAGCCAUCUUGCGAGCUUAUAGUCCUGAGUCCUCGUCGGACUCGGGCAAUGAAACUAACUCCUCUGAAAUGACUGAGAGUUCUGAACUGGCCGCAGCACAAAAGCAGUCAGAAAGCCUCUCCCGCAUGCUCUUGGCCACUCACGAAGGCUACCAUCCUCUUGCAGAAGAGCAGACAGAGUUCCCCGCCUCCAAAGCCCCCUCAGGGGCCUUGCCUCCCAAGUCCUCAUCCCAUGGCCUGGCUGCUCGCCCAGCACCCGAUCUCCCACCCAAAGUUGUGCCUUCCAAGCAGAUGCUUCACUCAGACCACAUGGAAAUGGAGCCGGAAACCAUGGAGACCAAGUCGGUCACUGACUAUUUUAGCAAAGUGCACAUGGGGUCAGUGGCAUACUCUUGCACCAGCAAAAGGAAAAGCAAGCUGCCUGAGGGGGAGGGGAAAGCUGCCUCAAGUGGGAACAUCCCCAUCCCAGGGAAAAAACACCAAGGAACCAAAACGGCAGAGAUGGAAGAGGAAGCCAAAGGAAAAUUUGGCACUGUGUCUUCCAGGGACAGUCAGCACCUCGGCACGUUUAACCUGGAGAGAACUGCCUUUCGCAAGGACAGCCAAAGAUGGUAUGUGGCCAGUGAAGGUGGGGGGGCAGAGAAAAGUGGCUUGGAGGCAGCAAGCGGGAAAGCCUUCCCCAGACCUCCUGGGCUUGGGGCCAGGGAGACUGAAGGGCAGGAGGAAGGGGCUCUGGAUGGAGAAGCCGGCACUGUGUCAGGACUUGGCCAAGGGGACCGCUUCUUAACAGAUGUGUCCUGCAUGUCUUCAGCCAAAGACUUAGACAACCCUGAGGACACUGACUCGCCCACUUGUGACCAUGCCUCCAAGCUUCCAGAGGCAGAAGAGAGUGUGGCCCACCUUUGUGACUACCAUUUGGCCAAGCGGAUGUCAUCAUUGCAGAGUGAGGGGCACUUUUCUCUACAGAGCUCUCAAGGCUCUUCAGUGGACACAGGCUGUGCCCCAGGCAGCAGCAGCAGCGCCUGUGCCACUCCUGUGGAGUCGCCUCUCUGCCCCUCCAUGGGGAAGCACUUGAUUCCAGAUGCUUCUGGGAAAGGCAUGAGUUACAUUCCUUCAGAGGAGAGAGCCUCAGGCCUCGCCAGCCAUGGAACCACCUUUAAGGAACUGCACCCACAGACAGAAGGAAUGUGUCCGCGGAUGACAGUGCCAGCUCUGCACACAGCCAUUAAUGCCGACCCCCUGUUUGGCACUUUGAGAGAUGGAUGUCAUCGACUCCCCAAGAUUAAGGAAACCACAGCUUUGACAGAGCCUGGGAAGGAGAGACAAGGAGGAAUGCCUUCAGCUUGGUCUCAAUAUCCUGAAGCCGAUCCCAUUCUGCUACCAUCAAACAUUCACUCGGAAUCAAAGGUGCCAAUUCCAAAUCAAGACCCUAAUGAUUUGUCCCAAGCAAACCAGGCAUAUGGAGAGGCUGUGAGCUGGCGGCCACCAGAUCUCAGAGGGGGGAGCCUCAGGACACCCCCCAGCCAGAGGGCUCUCAGACAUAGCAGCAGUGUCUUCACAGGAUCCGUAGAUUUGGAGACCUUCCGAGAGAGAACCAAGGGUUCAGUCAGCCUGAAGUGUCCGGGUAUCACAGAAGCACAGGAGGCCACUUGGGAGAGGCGAGCGGAACUCCCACUGGGGAAGAAACUCACCAAGAGUGUUUCCCAAAGCUCCAUGCACUUUAGUUCUGAGGGGAAGUUCCACAAAAGGUCCCCAGUGGCUCAUAAAGACUCAAAGCUCUAUAGGACAUUACCCUUGCGGAAGCUGGAGGGUAGCAAUUGGAGGUGCCGAGGACCUUUCAGCUACUGUUUCCUGAACCGGGGACAUGAAGAAGAUUGUGAUGAGGAUGAAGAAGAGGGAGAGGCCACUCUCCAGGUCUCUUGCCUCUAUCGGCCACAGAUGACUCAAGCCAUGUCGCAACCAACGAGCCCAUCGCUGGUUGUUGGGAUUCAGAAGCAGGGAACGGAGCUAUCCAAAGGGUCACUGCUGAAGGUCUGGGAAGAAGACCUGAAUGGCCCAGAUGACUUGGACUUCAGCAAUCUGGCUUUUGAUGCCCGGAUUGCAAGAAUAAAUAUCCUAAAGGAGAGCACAUAUGUAAUGCCCGAUGGGUUCCUCGAAGCCCAAAAUGAUGCCAACGAGCUGCUCUGCCUCAUCAGGGCAACCAGGGGGAAGAGAGAGGAGUCACGGCCCGAAGCAUAUGACCUUACACUUUCUCAGUACAAGCAGCUGUUGUCCAUUGAGUCCAGACAGUUGGGAAGUGCCUGUAGGAAGAUGGCGCUGGCCGAGAAAAGUGCAGAGGAGAUGCUCCUGGCUAUGACCUCCAGCUUCCAAGUGCUCUGUUGCCUAACAGAAGCUUGCAUGCGACUAGUGAAAGUUGUGAACUCGGAAACACAGCGGCAGGAAAUUGUAGCGAAGAUUGACCAAGUGGUCAUUAACUACAUUUGCCUCCUGAAAGCUGCUGAGGCAGCCACUGGGAAGACCACUGGGGAUCCUAAUGUUGGACUCUCGACGCGACAUUCAACCACCAUGGCCGCUCUCGUAAGCACACUAACACGUUCUCUCAAGAUGCUUUUAAAUAAAUAAAUCAAAAUGAAAAGUCACGUCAUAAUCUACCUUUGCAAAGCCAUACAUGAACUUUUAUUUACUUUCUGUGUACGAUGAACAGAUGUCUCCUUUCUUCUCUCUGUAUAUUUUGUUAUUUUAUAUAAAAUAGGAGAUAAAAGUUACAUUGACGAAAUGUUGAAAUGUCCUAAUCAGAUGUAUUCUGUUUAUAUUAUACAAAUAUAUACAUGUAAAAGGAUAUACAAGAAAGUGAUGACAUUUGGCUAUUUUUCAUAUAGUCAAAACUCCAAGUGUAUGAUAUGAAAUUUUAAAUUUUACUGUGUUAGAGCAAAACAAUCAAUCCUAUCCCCUCUCCUUCCAAGCAGAUACUUGGAGAAGAUAUUAUUCAUAUUUAGAAGUAAAAACCAAAAGAAAAAAAUAGAGAUCACAAUGUAUAUAAAACAGUAUUUAUGUUUUAAAAUUAAGAUUUUUAAGCAUUGGAAAUAGCAAAAAGACAUUUAAAAUUCAAGAAGCUAUUAUGAAUUACUAGAGAAUAUAUAUGUAAUAAAUUAAUUUUUUGCUCAUAGUGUUUGGUUAUUGGAUGCUUUCUUCCAAGAAUCACACAUAUUUAAUUUUGGUUUAUGUUAUUUGGGCCACAGAUGGGUGGGGGGAGUGGAUUCUACUGUGUCCACGCAAAUGCUCUUCACAGUAUCCCUGGAAUUAAAAAGCUUUCCAAACCAAGAACAGAGGGAAUGCUGGGCAUUUUCCUAGGUAAUACCUAAGGUUAUGACUAGCCUAAUUACAUAAAGUGAAUAGAAUUGAUAAUACCAAAAUUAAAUGAUUUGAUAAAAAAAGAAAUCUGUUUUAACUAAAUGUCAAAAAUACAUAAACCAAAGACAUUAUCUUCUCCCCACCCCAACUCAGUCAUGAAGCCUAAAAUUUCCUAUAGAGUCUCAGAACAUUUAGUGGCAUAUUUGCAAAAUUACAAAAACAAGGAACAUUGAAUGAUUAAGAAAAGUAAGCAGAGACCCAGUAAUGUUGACCAGCUGUGGACCAGCACCAAGGAGGGAAGUCCUGCGCCACUCUUAGUGGGGCUUCAUGCAGCACCUUCUCCAAGAACCAAGAGCUGCUGACCAAACUUGGAAUUACAGCCUAAUAGCAGGACAAGAUUUCAAAUCUGGAAUAUUCCAGAAAAUCAAGAAGAGAUGGCUACUCUAAUAGUACAGGCCAUGAUUAAAUAUAGUAUUUCUUAAAUAAGCACUUAAUCUGGAUUUGCAGAUACAAAUAUGAAAUCUGGAGGGAAAACACCCAACAACAGUGAAUUUGACCAUUUCUGGUGAAAUCAAUGGGCUGCAAAAUUUUCAGAAGUGCCAUCUCUCUAAAGACGUUUUGUUUGACUUUGGGUCAAAACAAAAGGAUGCAAACUCUGCAAUUAUGAAAUAAAUUUGAUAUGUACAUAUGUAUUUCCUAGGUCAUUCAGUGUUCAGCUGUACAGACUCCAAUUUGUGUAGGUGGCUCCUCAGAAUAUGACAGUAGUGUACCAAGUACAAUUUAUUUCCAUUUUUGUAGCCUACUGCCAGGAGACAUCACACAGUCCACAGUUGUUAACUCUUGCUAGUCAGCCAUUCCACAGAGACUCAAUAACAAAAGCUACACCACAUGUUUAUAGACAACUGCAAACAAAAGAGUUUUAGGCAUGUAUUAUCAUAAAUAAUGUUUAAUUAAAUACUAAAACAUUAUUUCAUUACAAUUAUGACUAUAAAUAUUGGUGUUUUGAUAUUGAGAGCUAUUAGUGGUGUUUACUGUGGAAAACUUUAGUAAAUAUUCUGUGUACUAAAAUACUAACAUAUUAAUAGGAUGUGUGCUCUGUGUCAGACAGUAUGCUAAACAUUAUUACAUAUAUUAUCUCAUUCAGUCGUCACGACAAGCUUAUGGCUUGGACACUAUCAUUAAUUCCUUCUGAGGCAAUGUGGUUUAGUAAAAAGGAUAUGGAGUUUGGGGUCAGAAAUAUCUUGAUUAAAUUUUGAUUCUGCCAUUUUCUACCCCUGUCAUCUUGGGAAAGCUAUUUUUUUCUAAAUCUCAGUUUCUUCAUGAUAAAAUGGAAAUCAAUAGUAAGAUAUAUUUCCAGAGGGUUGUCACUCACAAGUUUUAAGUAAAAUUAUGUAUGUAAAGUUUUUACCAAAAUACCUGGUGGAGAAUAAGUACUCAAUGUUAGCUAUCAUAAUCAUCAUAAUCAUUGUAUUAAAUAUAUCAACCAAGAUAACAUGUGGAGGAUGUUUGUUUUAUAUGCAUAUUGUACCCUGACGUGUGCAGAACACAUUAUGUGAAUUGCAUAUAUAUAAAAGAAGUGUGCAAGGAAAUGAUGAUUUUCUUUUUGCAAAUUGCAUUUCUAGUUACAGCAAUGUCCUAAUCCAUUCCAGUUUUUUGAAAAGCCUCAGGGAAAUGACUCUGGGUCUUUCUAAUCAAUUUCCCAUUACCUAUUGCUGCUCCACUAAGUUUCUGUUUCUUAUAAACAAAUUCUUUACUACUCAGAAAACCUUAAGGGGCUCCCCUCCCUUUGACUAAGCAUGGGGCUCUUAAUCGGGGUCCGGGUCUGGUAGAGGAUAAGAAAAACAGAACGAUACCUGUGCUUAUUUUUAUCUAGCUUUUUUAUGUUUGUGUAUGUUUUAUAAUGGCAUAAUAGUACAGUGGUACAUGUACAUAAUUUUAAAUAAAUAAAUAAAUGAAUAAAUAAAUAA